CUCCACCCCCACAGCUGCUUGCUACUAUGAGCUGGGAUUGCCCACACCACUCCCAGUGCUUCAAUUAUUGAUCACACACAAAUCUCCCCUCCCUGUCCCUUCCAGCUGGAGCCUUUUACCUUUUUUCUUAUUCAGUACUUAAAAAAAUCAGCUCUGUGUGUAUUUGAUUGAGAGACUUUGUUCUCUUUUUCUUGCUGUUCAGCACUGCAGUAGAAAUCUAACUGCAGAGUAAGAUCCACCCAAUCCGCCUUCCUCCCUUUGCUGGUGGCCCUUCAGCACCAAGAAGAGGUGGACAGCUCCCAGCACUUUCCUCUGCUGUUCCUGAUGCUCAGAACGGGCUGAGCCAACUGCCACCCAGUGCCCAGACACUGCUGCUACUGCUGCAUUAGAGAGAUGUGCUUAUAAUUCACCUUUAUUUAAAUACUCCGAAUAACAGAGGAGCAGAGUGUUCCACAAGAGCAAGAGAUUUAUAUCACCUUUGCAAAGCUAUUGUAAGGUUUUAACAAUGGAAGAUGCCUACAGAGAUAGGACUUCAUUAGUGAAAGGUGCAAAAGAUAUUGCCAAGGAAGCUAAGAGACACACAACAAGAAACACAAACAGAGCUGCGGCCACAGAACAAGAUGGCUAUACACAGCAGUCCCACAACCAGUACCACAAUGAGCACGACGACAGAUAUUAUUCACAAGGAAAUUAUCAUGAAGACGCAAAUGAUGAUGAAGGUUCAAGUGAAGCAACAGAAGGCCAUGAUGAUGAUGAUGAGAUAUAUGAAGGAGAGUAUCAAGGAAUACCAGGGAUGGGGCAAGGCAAAGAUGGUAUGGUUGCUCUUGGCCAGCCUGUUCCAGAUGAGUAUAAAGACAGGCGUGAUUUAGAAACGGAAAGGAAGGCUGAUGAAGAAGAGCUGGCACAACAGUAUGAGCUAAUCAUUCAAGAAUGUGGACAUGGUCGUUUUCAGUGGACUCUCUUCUUUGUCCUUGGGAUGGCACUGAUGGCUGACGGGGUAGAGGUGUUUGUGGUUGGCUUUGUGUUGCCCAGUGCUGAAACAGAUAUGUGCAUACCCGAUUCAGGCUCUGGUUGGCUUGGGAGUAUAGUUUAUUUGGGAAUGAUGAUUGGAGCGUUCUUCUGGGGAGGCCUGGCAGACAAGGUUGGAAGAAAGCAGUCUCUUCUUAUAUGCAUGUCUGUCAAUGGAUUCUUCGCCUUCCUCUCUUCUUUUGUCCAGGGCUAUGGACUUUUCUUAGUUUGCCGUUUACUCUCAGGAUUCGGCAUUGGAGGAGCUCUUCCAACUGCAUUUUCAUACUUUUCGGAAGUCCUUGCACGAGAGAAGCGAGGAGAACACUUGAGUUGGCUGUGCAUGUUUUGGAUGAUCGGUGGAAUCUAUGCAUCAGCUAUGGCUUGGGCUAUUAUUCCGCAUUAUGGCUGGAGUUUCAGCAUGGGAUCUGCAUAUCAAUUUCACAGUUGGAGAGUGUUUGUCAUUGUGUGUGCGCUGCCUUGCGUUUCCACAGUUGUGGCCCUAACUUUCAUGCCAGAAAGUCCACGGUUCCUGUUAGAGACUGGGAAACAUGAUGAAGCCUGGAUGAUCCUCAAACAAAUCCAUGACACAAACAUGAGAGCUCGUGGUGAGCCUGAAAAAGUCUUCACUGUUCAAAGAAUUAAGACACCAAAACAAAUUGAUGAGCUCAUUGAAAUUGAGUCGGACACGGGAACUUGGUACAAGAGAUGCUUCGUCAGAAUCCGCACAGAGUUCUAUGGAAUAUGGCUAACGUUUAUGAGGUGCUUUGAGUAUCCUGUGAAAGACAACACAAUCAAACUGACUAUAGUAUGGCUCACUCUAUCAUUUGGGUACUACGGUUUAUCAGUCUGGUUCUCCGACGUUAUUAAACACCUUCAGUCGGACGAAUAUGCUUUACGGGUGAAACAUUUUAACAGGAGCAUGAUCUCAGACUACAAAUUCAACUACACUUUAGAAAAUCAGAUUCAUAAGAAUGCAGUGUUCAUCAAUGACAGGUUCAUAUCAAUGAAGUUAAAGUCUGUUGUCUUCCAAGACUCUCUGUUUGAAAAAUGCUACUUUGAAGAUGUGACUUCCAUCAACACUUACUUUAGGAAUUGUACCAUCAUAGAUACCCAUUUUGUCAACACAGAUCUAGAGAAAUACAAGUUCACCGACAGUGAAAUGAUAAACUGCACAUUCCUCCUUCCCAAAAUCGGCUGCCAGAUCACCUUUGAUGAUGAUUACAGCGCCUACUGGAUCUAUUUUGUUAACUUCCUUGGAACCUUAGCAGUUCUUCCGGGCAACAUAGUCUCUGCUCUACUGAUGGACAAGAUCGGGAGACUAACAAUGUUGGGAGGCUCUAUGGUACUUUCUGGCAUCAGCUGUUUCCUUUUGUGGUUCGGUACCAGUGAGUCUAUGAUGGUGGGCAUGCUGUGUGUGUACAAUGGGCUGACUAUUUCAGCAUGGAACUCUCUUGAUGUGAUCACUGUGGAACUCUACCCUACAGAUAAAAGGGCAACUGGAUUCGGAUUUUUGAAUGCCCUUUGUAAAGGAUCUGCAGUUCUUGGAAACCUGAUAUUUGGCUCUCUUGUUGGAAUCACCAAAGUCAUUCCAAUUCUGUUAGCCUCUGCUGUGCUCGUUGGAGGGGGCUUAGUGGGACUCCGACUCCCUGAUACAAGGAAUCAGGUCUUGAUGUAAUUGGGAAGUAAAGCCAUCAAGCAUUUUUUUCUGUAUUCUCUGCCAAUGAUAAACCGAUCUGAAUACAAACUUCAAAUCCUCACCAAGAAGCCCUGUCAUACUUGUCCUGUCACCCUCAGUGUACUAGUCCCCACUGUCACACUUAGUUUCACACCCUCGCUGUCACACUCAGUGUACGUGUCCACACCCUCACUGUGUUAAAUAUUUAGAAAAAUUCUUAUCAGCUUGUUUGGUCUAUGAAUGAUUUGCUUUAUAGAAUCCGGUUUGCAGAGAACAUAUGAACAUAGGGAUGGUUUAUACAUUGAUUUGCUUUUCUUAUAAUGUCAUUUCUAAGUAUAAGAUACAUUUGUAAAGCUGCCCUUGAUUUUGUGGGAGCCACAACACUGUUUUUAGACUGCUAAUAUCAUGAAUUUGUAACAGAAGAAUUAAGCUAUUGAACAGAGAAAAGUCACCUGUUUCUCCGCUCAGAUCAAGAGUAAAAUGACAACUUUUUUCAUCAACUUUCAUCAAAUUUUCUACCAACUGUUUCUUGUCGACAAAACUGAACAAAAGGCAGAGUUGUUGUAUUAGCUGUGUAAAAACUGCUAAAAUCUUAACAUCACUAAGAAAUUUUACAUUUGUUUUGAUGGUUUACAUUUAUUUUAAAUUAACUGUUAAGACAGCAUAUAUUACAGCCUCUAGGAAGGUAUUGUGCCUCUGUGAUAACAGGUGUAAUAGGGUAAGCUGCUGCCUGUAGUAGAAGUGGGGAUAAUAGUCUCUGGGAAUGGACUGUGGCUGUGGUAUAGCAGGUAUAGUAGAGAGAGACAGUGCCUAUA